UGGCUCCGGAGGGCGCGUGAAGCUGGACAGCCAGCCAGAUGCAGUGUUGCGUGCGGCCCGUCAGAUGUUCCGGGAGAACAUUCCAGAGAGAAACUGAGCCCCUCGGAGCAGGCCCUUCGUCAUAAUGAAGAAAAUCAGUCUCAAAACCUUCCGGAAAUCUUUCAACUUGAACAAGAACAAAGAAGACGCGGGUUUCAUGGUCGUCCAGCCACCCUCCCUCGCCGGCGAUCUCGGGAAAGAGGAUUCCCUGUUUGGCAGCUGCUACGGGAAAGACAUGGCCAGCGGCGACCUCCACGGAGACGACGACAGAGGCGGCAAGAGCCGGCCCAAGAGCGAGAGCCUGAUGGGCACGUUGAAGAGGCGGCUGUCGGCCAAGCAGAAGCAGAAGGGCAAGGGCGGCGGCGCGCCCUCCGGCGGCGUGGCCGACGACGACACCUUCUCCUCCUCCUCGGCGCCCAUCGUCUUCAAAGACGUGCGAGCCCCGAGGCCCAUCCGGUCCACGUCCCUCCGCAGCCACCACUACAGCCCCACGCCCUGGCCCCUGCGGCCCACCAACUCGGAGGAGACGUGCAUCAAGAUGGAGGUGAGGGUCAAGGCCCUGGUGCACUCGUCCGGCCCGAGCCCGGCGCUGAACGGCGUCCGCAAGGAGUUCCACGAGCUGCCGCCGCCAGACCCCGCGUGCCAGGAGCAGAGGGGGCCCCUGAAGAGCGCCGCGGCUCCCCACGGGGACCUGCGCCUUCACCUGGACGAGCAUGUGCCUGUCGUAAUCGGACUUGUGCCUCAGGACUACAUCCAGUACACCGUGCCUUUGGAGGAGGGGCUGUGCGCCUUGGAGGGGUCGCGCGGCUGUUGUCUGGACGGCUCUUCUCCCAUGGAGGUCUCUGCGGUCCCUGCCCCGGGGGGCGGGGGCUCCUUCCCCGAGGACGAGCCUCAGGGGGACCAGGAGCUCGUGGUGGCCCCCGAGAUCUUCGUGGACCCGUCGGGGAACGGCUUGCUCAUCGGCACCACGGGGGUGGUGCUGCAGAGCCCCAGAGCGGGUCACCACGACGACCGCGACGACGCGCCCCCACUCUCACCGUUGCUACCUCCUAUGCAGACGAAUCCAAUCCAAAGGAACUUCAGUGGGCUCACGGGCACGGACGCCCACGUGGCCGAAAGCGUGCGCUGCCACCUGAACUUUGACCCCAACUCCGCGCCCGGGGUGGCCCGAGUGUACGACUCGGUGCAGAGCAGCGGGCCCACGGUGGUGACGAGCCUCACCGAGGAGCUGAAGAAGCUCGCCAGGCAGGGGUGGUACUGGGGCCCCAUCACGCGCUGGGAGGCCGAGGGGAAGCUGGCCAACGUGCCCGACGGCUCCUUCCUGGUCCGGGACAGUUCCGACGACCGCUACCUGCUGAGCCUGAGCUUCCGCUCCCACGGCAAAACCCUGCACACGCGCAUCGAGCACUCCAACGGCAGGUUCAGCUUCUACGAGCAGCCGGACGUGGAGGGGCACACGUCCAUCGUGGACCUCAUCGAGCAUUCCAUCAGGGACUCGGAGAACGGAGCUUUCUGUUACUCGCGGUCUCGGCUGCCCGGGUCCGCGACGUACCCCGUCCGACUGACCAACCCGGUGUCGCGGUUCAUGCAGGUGCGCUCCCUGCAGUACCUGUGCCGCUUCGUCAUCCGCCAGUACACCCGGAUAGACCUGAUCCAGAAACUGCCUUUGCCCAACAAGAUGAAGGACUACUUGCAGGAGAAGCACUACUGACGUUAGGGGAGCCCUGCGGCCCGCACUUUGGGAGGAGGAGGAGGAGGAAGAAGAGAUUGGAACACAGUUUACAGACGUUCAUCGCUAUCAGAAUCUUUGCUGCCAUACUUAAUUUCAGUUUUAUGUGUGUACAAGAGUGAUCGGUUUGUUUUCCGGUGUUGGCAAGGUGUCUUGGCUUUGUUGAGGUUUCUUUAAAAAGGGAAGGCUUGAAGGUUUAGAAGUAUGAAUUCUCUUUCCCCCGACAUGCAGAAUAAUCACAAUGUGAACGAUCAGAUUCUCCUUAACCCCGACCCCAUCCUUUGCUGCUAGCCACUGUGAUUUUUAUGCAUUAAAAGCACAUUUCGUGUGUAUUCAACCCUACGUAAAGUUGAAUGAAACCUAUAGAAUGAAAAUUGUUAGUCUCUUUCAAUGGCCCAUUUUCAAAGAUCGUGUUGAGUGAACAUACCCAUGUGAUAAAACACAGAAUUUAUGCAUACACUGAAAAUGAUUUUUUAACCUCAUAGUUGAGAAGGAUCUAUUGAGAAUUAUGAGUGAUGGAGUCUUGGGUACGGGAACACGGACCUGCAACAUAUCUUUUGUGACACUUGUUUCUAAAUUAUUUUUAAGGUUGUGCUAGGUUCUCUUUGCCCUUUUUUUUUUUUUACUUUGGUUGUGAAAAUUUGGACUUUUCUGUUGCCUUCAUUCUCGUCUUGUGGUUUGUCUAUUUUGAUAAAUGGCCUUACAUUAAAAAAUCAUAAAGAAAUAUGUACCACCAGUUUAGAAAGUGUUGCCUUUUCCGUCUUUAAGCUCUGGUACAAAUUGUCAUAACAUAUAAAGACCUAGACCAUAUCAGACUAGAAAUAUUAAACACUAGAUGGUCCUAGUUUCCUGUGGUAGCUGUUUUUUGUGUUAUGUCUGUUUUCCUUUGCUAAAAUGUUUUGUCUGUGAUUUCUUUAGUUAACAUUUUCUUGGGUGAAAUUGAUAUAGAACUGAUUUUUGUAAAUGGACUGGAUUCUGUGGGAACACUCAAAUUUUAGGUUAAGUUUUAAAUUGAUUUGAAUGAAUACUUCAUUCAACUCGAUUUGAAUGCAUUUAAAUCGAUUUGAAUGAGAUUUUUCUUUUACGCAGUCACUAUUAAGAGAUGUUAGAUUUGACCCUUCAUCCCACCGAGAAAGCCAACGAGCCCGGUAGCCUAGUUGAAAAAUCGUGGAAAUUGCGAAACACUACGCAAGAAAAAUACUGAAACCACCUCAGAUAGCAUGGCGGUCUUGUCGCUCACCGUAGAGGGUGCUGCUUCAGUCCAGGUUUCCUAUUGGUUACUUUUUAAGUCUCGGAGAAAUUGGCAUUGGUGUCUCUUUUAUCUCUUUGAUUCAGCCAUUUUGGUGGUGGUGGUCAGGGGGUGCUAUCCCCCACACUUUGUAGUUAUGUUGAAAUGUCAUGUUUACUCACUGUGUGGUUCCUUCGUGCCGUAUUUUGGGAUGUCCCCAUCCAGGAAAUGUUCCCAUCUCAGAUGAAAUGUGUAAGUAAGACAUUUUGUCCUUUGUCACCCAGUUCUUCGCCCCAUUGAAGAGCAACAGCAAACAUCUUAGGUCAAACUCGACAGCUUUGUCAUUCCGAUAUAGCAGUAUCUCCAUUUUUUCUCUACUUGCUUUUUAGGGUCAGAACGGAGAGUUAACAAGAAAAGGCACAGUAUGGUGAAAUCUUGUUCUGGUAUUUUGACUUAAAGGGGAAAAGGUACUUAAUUGUGGUGGAAUGUACAUUGUACCUUGUUGCAAAGACUCACUUUCUGAUGUGUUCACCUAAUACGAUGGAAUACUGGGUAUACUGUAAUAAUAUAAUUUUAAGUGUUCACUAUAAGCUAUUUGGAUUGAGAACUAUUACAGAGUUGUAAACGUAUCAAAUUAAUGCAAGACAUUUAAACUAUUUUUUUGCAAAACUAUUUAUUUUUAAACAAUUUAAAAUAUAUCUAGGGUGAGUUAAAAGUUCCCUGUGCAUCGCUGUCAGAUGGCAGGUAUUGUCACAGAGUCCCCGUGUUUUAAGGAUAGAUGUUGAAGUGGCUUCUCACGUCUGCAGAAGCGUGUCUGUGUGCUCUUGGUGAGGCUGUGGCGCACAGAGGCCUUGCCACUCUGCCCGGGGCCCCGUCUUGGCAUGGGGGGCCAGCCGCUCCCCGCCUCUCCCUCAGUGGGAUGUGUUUAAGAUCUAGCCGUUCAGUUUCAAGUUCCGAUGAUUCUGACUUUCAUUGGAAUGUUUUUGAAAAGCGUGUUUUGUGUUUUUAUGGAGGGCGAGUCUCACUGUUCUCAUGUGGAAAGCCAAUUCUGUGUGCUUUUGUACAUUCUUAAUAUCAAAUACUUAAAGUAAAAUGGGGUCUGAUGGUGUGUUGAUAAAAAUAAAUGGAUUUGCCAAGAAGUUACAAGAAAAGAAGUAUUGCAAUAUUUUCUGUUAGUGCCUGGAGAGAACCAUAUGAAGUAGGCAACACAGCAUAAUAUGAAAGAUUGACUUUAUAAGAUCCCAAAACAGUCUGGUUAAAAAUGGACAGGGUGGGGAAAGAGAUCAACGUUCAGGGUCUAGAGACAAUUUGGAUACGUUUCUGGAUUACAUUGAAUGGCAGCUUAGAUGACACGGGCACAAGCAGUGAGUGAUUUUUAAAAGUCUGAGCUCCAGGCACGAAGCAGGAAACAGGGAAGCUGUGUCCUUUCGCCAUAAUAAAUGAAUCAGAGUUGUUUUCAUCGACUAUUUCAUCACAAGACAUGAUGGAGGCCAGAAGCUAUGUCCAGGCUUCCUAGGACACUAUUAUGCAUUUUUACUUAAAAAAAAAAGCAUAGAAAGUACUUGAAAAAUAAUCUCACUCUUCUUUUUCCAAGGAAAUCUGUUCUCUUUCUUUCUACUUGGUGCAAUAAUCUGAAGAUUUAGGGGGUCAAAAAUUUAUACCACGGGAAAUGAUCAUAGAGCUAAAAAUAGUCUUUAAGGAAACCAGCUACACGGGGCAGCCGUCUUGCCGUUGAAGAAAACUGUGUGCCAGAGCCUAGAGUUCAUUGGCGCACAGGGAAUGGAACCAAUGCAUUAUCCUUUCUGAGCCGGUAUCAUUGACACAGGAUAAAAGUUCCUGAUGUCUUAAACAGAGGCUGUAUGCCAUGUCUCUGCCAGUGCUGACGUCUAAACAUCUUUCCCGACAGCACUUUCAGAAAUGCCAGCCGUAAUCAUCGUGCAUUUCACAUCGUAUGCAAGAGGGAUUUGCUUUGCGGGGUUCCGAUAGUAUAGUUUCCUUUUUUUGUGUGUGAAUUUUCAUUGAAUGUGAAGUCUCGAUUUGAAAUUGAAAUCCCUACCAGCAAUAGACAGUUUUGUCCAAAACGAAUCAGGAACAACGACCAGUUCCAUAAGUAACUUAAAAAUUCCAAAAUGAAGCAUGGGUACGUUAGGAAUCAGAAAUUCGGUUUCUUCGAAUACUUUUGUAAUCCUGCGAAGGUUUUUUAUAAGCAUUUUUAAUUAACCAGUCACAACCUGGUGGAUGUGUAGUUGCUGUUUCUGAAAAAGUGACCCAAACCGCCCAUCCGGAGAGGAUGAAACAUUCUUAACAGAGUUUUGUAAUAAGUACACAUGUUGGGUUAAAGAAAUUUUAUAGUCGUGGGAGUGCCAUGAAAUUAAUCCUUGCGAUCAGAUUGCUGUCGUUUACACUUUUCUGUAUGUUUCCGAUCAGGCGUGUGCCAUUUGUACUGAGAACACCACAGAAUGAAUUAUCCAAAGUCCAUUGAUUUUACUACGUGUUUUGGUUUGUACACAAAUUAUAGUAAUUUCUUGCACAUUUUUGGAAAUUAAUUGUAUAAGAAUUUAUGUAUCUGCUUCUAGAUACAGUGUGUAAAUAAAAAAUUUCGUUCCCAA